UGCUUGACUGUUGAACUGUCGCGGUUGACUUGAGCGAGGCGCGGCUCCGUGUGUUCAGAUCGCUGUAGCAGAGAGACUGAGGCGAAAGCGAUCACAAAGAAGCAAUGUCGGAGACAAACGGAAUAAAUGGACACAAAUCGACUGGACUGCAGUGGAAAGCUGGCCUUGUCACCAGCACAAACACAUACCUAACAGCAGAGAAAUUUGGAUUUAAAGUCAAUGCAUCGGGUACUGCUUUAAAAAAUAAGCAGAUAUGGACAUUGGAGCAGGAUUUGAAUGAGGAAGUUGUGUACAUUCGUAGUUUUUUGGGACGCUACCUGUCGUCUGAUAAGUAUGGAAAUGUUACAUGUGAAGCUGAAGAACCGGGGCCCUCUGAGAAAUUCGCCAUAGAAUAUGCCAAAGGCACGGGGAAGUGGUUGUUCCGACAGAAGGAGCAUGGGAAUUACCUAGGAAACAGUGGAGAAAAUGUCAAAUGUUUUGCCAAAUCCCCGGGGGACUGUGAGAGCUGGACUGUACAGCUGUCGAUCCAUCCUCAGGUUCAUUUACGUAAUGUUAACCGAAAACGUUACGGUCAUCUUAAAGAUGACGAGCUACAAUGCACCGAGGUCAUUCCGUGGGGACAGGACGCGCUCAUCAUUCUAGAAUUCGUGGAGGGAAAGUACGCCCUGAAAACCUUUGACAAUCGUUAUCUUCAUAAAGAUGGAGGUUUGGUCGAGGCACUGGACGACUCCAGUAAAUUCACACUAGAAAUCAAAUCAGGACAGAUCUCGGGUCUGGCUUUUAAGGAUAAUGACGGGCGUUAUUUGACCGCCGUGGGUUCCACUGCCUCUAUGAAAGGUCGAAAUAAAACGGUGACAAAAGAUGAACUGUUCACAAUAGAGGAGAGCCAUCCACAAGUCCUCGUAAUUGCUCACAAUGGGAAGCUAGCCUCAAUUAAGCAAGGUAUUGACGUCACAGCAAAUCAAGAGGAGGAAACAGACAGAGAGACAUUCCAAAUGGAGUAUAAUCGUGACACCGACUCCUGGGCCUUCAGAACCAUCGACAACAAGUACUGGGCCCUGGAGCCCACCAGUGCCGGCGUCCAGGCCAAAUCAACAUCCAUAACGCCUAAUGCUUUGUUUGGUUUGGAGUGGCAGGGUGACGGAACGGUUGCCUUAAAGGCUAGUAACAAUUCUUACAUCUUCAACAAGGCCACCGGAAGUCUAGUGGCGGCAUCUGACACAAUUGGCGAAAAAGAAAAGUUUAAAAUUCGAAUCGUUAAUAGACCUCUAUUGGUCCUAAAGUGUGAGUUCGGAUUUGUUGGGGUCAAGGUCAAAUCUGAAGAGUGUUGCUGUAAUAGAGUGACCUAUGACCUUAUUCAGUUGCAGGGAUGUAAAGAUGGGACAUACACCCUGAAAGCAUCAAAUGGGAAGUUUUUCAGCAUUGCCGAUAAUGAUUUGUUAAUGCUUGAUGGAGACGGACCAACUCCGUUUAUUAUUGAAUUUAUGGGAAACUCAAAGAUGACAAUCAGAGCACCAAAUGGAAAUCUUCUGAAAACGGAACAAAACGGACAGAUCAAGGCUAACGGAACGGAAGUUAAUGCCAGCACAUUGCUGGAGUUCUAAGUCUGGGAGAAAGGAACCAGAUUACAUCUACAAUGGGGACCAGCUCAUCCAAGCUUGGGCAGUGAUAACUGUAAUCUGUUGAGUGUAAUCAAAAUUUGUUAUACCAAACGUGUUUCAUACCAUCUUCAUCAGUAUUGUUGCUCUCUGUUACCAGCUAUCGAUUAAAACACUGGUCAUUUUAAUCCGUUUCUAGGAAACACAACGAAAAGUCGGAUUUUUAUGCAGACUGCAUAAUGCAGAAUUAUUGAAAUAGGAGAAUGACUUGAUAUUAAGAAUGUGAUGCAGUCUUUGGAUCAAUAUUCUUAUGUUAUUGUAUACAGAGACAUGUUCUGCAAUUCUGUCUAUACGCCUUUUUUUUUAUUUUGCUUAGCUUUUAAUAGAAAAAAAACGCAUUUCAUCGACUUCAAUGAUAUUACAAUAUUUUCCAUGUUUUAUAUAUAAUGUAAUAAAUAAGAAACAUCGGUUUA